AUGUUAGGGCAGUUGGCGCUCAGUUCUAGUGGUAAAGAAUUCGCCUGCCAAUGCAGGAGACGCAAGAGACGCAGGUCGAUCCCUGGGUCGGAAGAUCCCCUGGAGGUGGAAAUGGCAAUUCACUCCAGUUUUUUGCCUGGAAAAUUCCGUGGACAGAGGAGCCUAGCCGGCUACAGUCCAUGGGCUGGCAAAGAGUUGGACAUGCCUGAGUGUCAUGUCAACACACAAACACACACAGGGUAUUUGCUGGUGGCUGCCUUGUUGGUUAAGACUGUGCUAGAAGCCAGUUCAUUUGGAUCCACUUUGCAUUACAGGAAAUCAAAGCUCUAG